AUGGCCAAAGACAACCCCAGCGCAAUAUCGAGCGUGAAUACAUCACCAGUCCUAACAAGAUGGUACCUCGACACGCGCCAUCUAACCGCCUCAACAACGGCCCUUCCCCUCCUGGAAACCCUCCAAGCCACCGAUCAAACCGCCGUCCAGAAAUACUACCACGUGAAGGACAAGCACAUGUCUCUCGCCUCCAAUCUUUUGAAAUAUCUCUUCAUCCACCAAACCUGCCGCGUCCCCUGGUCCUCGAUCGUGAUCUCCCGAACACCAGAUCCGCACAGACGCCCAUGUUAUAUCCCGCCAGCAGACUCACAGUCAGGCGGAAAAGAUACCGUCGUAAACGUUGAAUUCAACGUCAGCCACCAAGCUUCAAUGGUAGCGAUAGCGGGAACCACCAUUUCUCCUGACAGGACCCCCAAACCCGAAGUCGGAGUCGACAUCACAUGCGUGAACGAGCGGCAGGGACGCAAAGGCGAAGAGCGGAGCCUGGACGCGCUGCACAAGUACAUCGACAUCUUCUCUGAGGUGUUUUCCGCGGCCGAGAUGGAUGCUAUGAGGUCAUUGCACGGUGCUCCGUCGUCGCCGUCUCUGACCGGCGAGCCUCUCGUGGAAUACGGGUAUAGACUCUUCUACACAUACUGGGCGCUGAAGGAAGCGUAUAUCAAAAUGACGGGCGAGGCGCUCUUGGCGCCGUGGUUGCGGGAGUUGGAGUUCAGCAAUGUCAUUGCGCCUGCAGCUGUUGCGGAGAGUGGGGAGGUUGUGGAUCAAUUUGGAGAGCCGUACACGGGUGUCAAGACGGCGCUAUAUAAGGAUGUCGUCCAGGAUGUGAGGAUCGAAGUUGCUGCUUUGGAUGGCGACUACCUGUUUGCUACAGCUGCGAGGGGUGGUGAGCUUGGGGCUGGGUCUCAGUCUGGGGCUGAAAAUGAAAGCCAAGAUCCGUGGAUGCCCUUCGAGAAAUUGGAUAUAGAGCGUGAUAUUCGGCCCUGUGCGACUGGUGUAUGCAAUUGCCUAUCCUGA